UGACCAUAAUUCCUAUCCCAUCCUCCUCCUGCUAAUCGGCCACGCUGCCACCUCGCAUCUACUAACCACACUUCUCGACCGCCUCUCCUCCAUAUACACCGACCAGACAUCUUUCCUGAAGCGCUCUGGACUUACCGACACGAUGGCCGACCAAUUGAAGGAACUCGCAGAUUUGCCAAAGGAGUUUUUCCGCGAUGGGCAGCAAUUCAUGAGACGUUGCCAGAAGCCAUCGAAGACGGAGUUCCUCAAGAUCUCGCAGGCUGUUGGAAUAGGAUUUGUUGUCAUGGGCGCCAUCGGCUUCGUUAUCAAGCUCAUCCACAUUCCCGUAAACAACGUUCUCGUGUCAUAGAAUCUGGGUGUUGGGAGGUAUAGAGGACGACUUCAAACACGUUCAUGGAUUGGGUGGGAUGGUGUGAUCAAACCUCUAACCUGUCGGCAUAACUUGCAAGUGCAUCAUUGGAGACUGUAUAAUAUAGCAAAGCGUUGCAUACGGCGUUGGCAGAGAAGCAAAAGACGCUUAACGUGGCAUCCAUAUAUUGAACCAUGAUGAGUGCUAAUUGCACACACCAACAUUCAACCAUGCUCUCCUUCCACUCCUUUACGGAUACCUGCUACAAAAGUAUGUAUGCAUUGUAUCGAAACACCAGCAAACACACAGAGGGCAUAGAUUGGAGCUGGUCACAAUCGGACACUCUACGUUUCUGUCUUCAUUGGAUCGCAUACAUGAUAAAACUAAUAAUACACCAUGCCAUUGUAG